AAGAGAGUCGCGAGCGCGCUGCGCAGCUAGUCCUUCUCAAGCCGAGGAGGAAGAAUAUAAAAGGAAAGGAGGAGGAGAAACACAAGAUGUAGAAUCAGUACUGGAAGCGGUAUCUACAACUCCUGUACUGAAACACACUGAGCUUCAGGGUCUGUUUUAUGAUUAAAUCUACAGUAAAAGCUCCUUAGAAGACGUGGAGAAAUGAUCUAUCCUCCAGCUGUACGCGCUCUUCCGGAUUCGCUAUAAACUACAUUCAUUCAUUACAGUCUCUGACAGACUGCAGCUGAACGGGGGUUUAAUUCCAACUAAAGCCUGUUUAUAAAGGAAUGUAAACUCUGGCUUAACUAGACCAGAGGCCUGAGACGACGAGAUCUCCAAAGGAAGACAUCUCCCUGUGCGCUUGAGGAUUAUCUGAACCUAAAUGCACAAACCAAACAGAAACUCACCCGACAGGUGGUGGACGUGUUUGUUUUCAUCCAGAAAGACAGAAAACCCACAGAUGCAACGAUUUUUCUGUUUGGCAUAACUUAGCAGCAUCGUUCAAAGACACACACCAUCCUUACAGAUUUUUAAAUAUAUAUUUUUGUAUUAUUUCUGAAUUCAAUCGACAUUAAACAUGGGGCCCCCCUCAAUGGAGAUAGCAGACAUUGCAGUUGUUGCACUGUAUUUUCUCCUUGUGCUUGGCAUUGGAUUUUUCGCCACGUGGAAGGCGAACCGCAGCACUGUGAGCGGCUACUUCCUGGCUGGACGAUCUAUGAACUGGGUGCUGAUUGGAGCGUCGCUUUUUGUGAGCAAUAUUGGGAGUGAGCACUUCAUCGGCUUGGCUGGCUCAGGUGCAGCAAGUGGAUUUGCCGUUGGCGCCUGGGAGUUCAAUGCUCUUCUCCUCCUUCAGCUACUGGGUUGGGUGUUCAUUCCAGUCUACAUCCACUCUGGGGUCUACACCAUGCCAGAGUACCUUUCCAAGCGUUACGGCGGCAGAAGACUUAAGGUUUAUUUCGCUGCUCUCUCUCUUCUGCUGUACAUCUUCACUAAACUCUCAGUGGAUUUGUACGCUGGGGCUCUCUUUGUUCACGAGUCCUUAGGCUGGAAUCUCUAUCUGUCUAUCAUCCUGCUCAUCACAAUGACAGCAGUGCUGACAGUAACAGGAGGACUAGUUGCGGUGAUCUAUACUGACACUAUUCAGGCGGUGCUCAUGAUUGGUGGAGCUUUGAGCCUUACAGUCAUCAGCCUGAUGAAGGUAGGAGGGCUGGAAGGUGUUCGAGAGAAGUACAUGGAGGCUGUUCCAAAUGUCACUGCCAUCCUUGCCAGCUAUAACCAUAGCUUUACCUACACCAAUUCUUGUCGCAUACACCCAAAGCCGGAUUCCCUCAAACUUCUACGAGGACCACUUGAUGAGGACAUUCCCUGGCCGGGGUUCCUAUUGGGCCAGACCCCUGCAUCCAUCUGGUAUUGGUGUGCUGACCAGGUCAUAGUCCAGAGGGUGCUUGCUGCUAAAAACAUUGCUCACGCAAAGGGCUCCACUCUUAUGGCAGGAAUGCUGAAAGUUCUACCCAUGUUUAUCAUCGUCAUUCCAGGAAUGAUCUCCCGGAUCCUAUUUGCAGAUGAGUUGGCCUGCAUUGGUCCAGAGCACUGCAUGGCUGUGUGCGGCAGCCAGGCUGGUUGUUCUAAUAUCGCCUACCCUCGUCUGGUCAUGAGCGUUAUGCCAGUUGGCCUGCGGGGACUGAUGAUGGCUGUUAUGAUCGCUGCGCUCAUGAGCGACCUGGACUCUAUAUUCAACAGCGCCAGCACCAUCUUCACUCUGGACAUAUACAAGAUGGUGCGGUCCUGCGCCUCUUCUCGUGAGCUGGUUAUUGUGGGUCGCCUUUUCGUGAUUUUUAUGGUGACUAUCAGCUUGGCUUGGGUGCCGGUCAUCAUUGAAAUGCAAGGUGGCCAAAUGUACUUGUACAUCCAGGAAAUGUCAGGGUACCUGACGCCACCCAUUGCUGCUCUCUUCCUUCUGGGUGUCUUCUGGAAGCGCUGCAACGAGACUGGAGCCUUCUGGGGUGGCAUGACUGGCUUCGUUCUGGGCACCUUGCGUCUCCUUCUUGGAUUCAUCUAUCGUGAACCAAAAUGCGACCAACCUGAUGAAAGGCCGCUAUUUAUCACACAUGUCCACUACAUGUACAUAGCUGCUGGACUGUUUUGGGCAUCCGGACUGGUGACGGUCGUAGUCAGUCUUUGCACACCUCCUCCAACCAAAGAGAGGAUCCAGCGCACAACGCUGUGGGGUCUGCGCAACAUCGAGAAGAUACCAGUGAAAGACCGUGAGGAGACUUACAAGUUGACCAAUAAGAGCCCAGAUCACUGCAUUGGCAGCAGCAUGCUUCAGAAAGACCUGCCUCUGGACGUCCAGAAAGAGCGAUGUCUUGAUGGAUCCAACGUAAAACUUCUUAUGCCUUCACCAUGUGACCUAGAUCCUGUGACUCCCAGCACUGAAGCUCCCUCCCCAGUGGAUACCUACAGCAAUGGGCAUGCUGAGCUGGUUGGCAGGAAGGAUAAUGGGAGCGGGCAGUCUGAGAAUGGGCUGUGUCUACGCCUCUUUAACUGGAUCUGUGGGCAGAAGGAGCAAAAUGCUCCACCUGCACCAAAAGCCAUUGAGGAAGAUGAACGGGUUGUUAUGGAGAUGCUUUAUGAACCACCAAAAAUCAAGCUUCUCUUGAACUUUGGCCUGGUAGUAGUGUGUUCUCUGGGUAUCUUCAUGUAUGUCUACUUUUCUUUGUAAUCUGCUUCUUUUUUUUUGUUUGUUUUGUUAUACAUAUUUUGCCCAUUGCACAGUGUGAAAUAGUGAAAUAGGGUUGGGCGGUAUACUGUAACUGUAAUUACCAUGGCAUACCAUGGUAUCUCCAAAUAAGUACAGUAUUUUAAGGAUUGUAUUUAAAAUUGUAUAUAGUACUAUAGUACUAAUAUGGGUCAUCAUGAGAAUGCAUGAGGCUCAGCGGACCAUAGUUACAUUUGUUUUUGUUGAAGGUGUGCAUUAGAUUAUGGUGUACGGUCAAGGCUACGCUUUAGAAGGAUGUGCUGUGAGAUAUGAAUAAACGGUAACAUAUGCUGAACCGGCAAAAAAAAGAGAAAAAAACAUAAUAAUAAUAAAAAAACAAAUAAAUAAUAGAAAAAAGCAUUAAAUAUGGGGAAAUCCCAAAGCCUCAAAACAGUUACAACCAGAUAUGGAAAUUAUAUUAAUCUAGCGUUAGUCAAGUUUUCUGUCAGACACAGGGUUCCUGCGGGUCCUUAAAACGUUUUAAAACAAAACUUAAAUUAAAAUCUGGGUAAUUAAGGUCUGAAAUUAAGAUCUAUUAAGGUCUAACUAAGAUCAACGGUGAGCUAGCUAACGUUAGCAGCAAGUUAGCUAACAUACUAACUUUAGCUAGCUAAAGUGAGUUAGCUAACAUUACCAGAGAUAGAACUGAGGUUAGCGGAAAGCUAGCUAACAUUAGCGGCGAGUUAGCUAACAUACUAACAUUAGCAGCAAGCUAGCUAAAGUUAGCAGCAAGCUAGCUAACAUACUAACUUUAGCUAGCUUAAACUAGCUAGAUAACGUUACCAGGGAUAGAACUAAGAUUAGCAGAAAGCUAGCUAACAUUAGCAGCAAGUUAGCUAACAUACUAACGUUAGCAGAAAGUUAGCUAACGUUACUGGGGAGAGAAAUAAAAUAAUUAUGACUACAUAUUUGGGUCUUACAAUUAUAUUUAUUGAAAAUUUGACUUUUAAAAUGGUGCAAGAACCCUGAGACAGUGUGUUUAAUUUUGUCUGUUACUUCUACAACCAUUUACCGUGCAGAUUUGAGGGUAAACGUGUGUAAUUUACGCCUCAGUCAGCUGGAACUCUAUGUUGGCUGUGGUGUUGUUUUACUUGCCAGAUAACUAACUAACAAUUCAGGCUAAGCUAAUUCUGACUAGCCAGCUACAGGUCUAAACCCAAUGUAAAAUGUAAAAUGCAUUUGGACUUAGUCACUCUAGUACCAGUAACUUGCCUUUGCUGUCUCAGGCAAAUUGUUUCAGAGAGGUUUUUAUCAUCUACAGUAAUGCGGCAGCUAAACUAACCUUUUAGCAAGUUAGCUAACUGAAAAUAAUCAACUACAUCAAACCAUGGACAGAGAAAUUUCUCCACCAAAAAAAAAACUGUCAUUCCAACACUAGGCACUUGAAUUCAGAGUACAAAUUUAAUUCAUUAUAUUCUAAAGGGGAUUUAUAAGGGGAUUUUAGGUCAGCCAGACACCAGACUAUGGUAAACAGUAUGUUGUCAUGCUAGCUAAGCUAAUGCUAACCAUUACAUUACAAUACUUAUCAUAUUGUGGCAUUUAGCUGACUUACUUAAGAUUAUUUCUAUUACAGAGGUGGACCAAUGUACUGUUCCAGAUUGGGAAUUUAACCCUAUUCUCCCACAUGAUUUGGUAGCUCACUGGCAGGGGUGGUGUUAUCCACUGCACCACACCAACCACACCAGCUGCUUUCACCUGAUUUGCAGCAGGUUUAACAGUUGCAGUUGUUAGACUGAGGGUUUAACAAUUAUAACAAAUAUUUAUUCGAUUGUAUUUGACUUGUAAGCAAACUGAACUUUAUUUAUUUGCAUUUAUUAACUGAUUAUGUUAGAAACAAAAUGUUAGAAACUUUUUAUACUUCGGAAACGAUAUAUAUAUAUAU